AUGGCCUCCAUGGCCUCCAGCGCCAUGUCGCUAGUCGCGCGUGGCAUUUAUUCCGAGAAUCUGCCGGCCAUACAGAGCAGAUCUGAGAUCAAUCCGACGCUCAUGAUGAGCUGGUGGGCUACCAUAUUCUCCUUGGUGAUCAUCGUCGUGCGCCUAUGUGGUCGUUAUAUUCGCGUCGAGCGCUUUUUCACCGAGGACAAGGUCAUGAUGAUCAGCGUCAUUCCCUUGCUGAUUCGCAUGGUCCUCGUGCAUUUCGUUCUCAUCUUGGGGACCAACAAUACCACCACCAUCGGCUUGACAGAGAAGGAGAUCGCGAAUCGAGAGCUGGGCAGUAAGCUGGUUCUUGCUGCGCGUAUCUUCUACGCCGUCUUCAUCUGGACGACCAAAGUGACCAUGUGCGAAUUUCUAAAGCGAGUCACAGGGCUUGCCUGGCGCCGAUCGACAACUUUCUUCCUCCGCUUCAUCUCCUACUUCCUUGUCUCAACCCUAAUAGCCGUGGUCAUCGCAACCCUGGCCGAAUGCCAGCCUUUCUACCACUACUGGCAGGUCGUCCCAGAUCCGGGCCCAACCUGCCGCGCCGGCUACGUGAACCUAAUAACAAUGGGUUCCUGCGACGUGCUGACCGACCUCCUCCUCGUGGCUAUCCCAAUCCCAAUAAUCCUCAUGGCGCAAAUGCCUCUAAAGCGCAGACUCACCCUAUCCAGCCUAUUCUGCCUAUCUCUGAUAUUGGUCGCCGUAACCUCCUACCGCGUCUCUUCUGUAAUUGACAAUGACGGCGCCCAAUCAUACCGUUCCCUUCUCGCCUCCCUCGAAAUUCUCGCCGCAACAGCAGUCGCCAACGUCCUCGUCAUAGGCUCCUUCGUCCGCGACCGCGGCGUCAAGAAACUCAAAUACAAGCGCGCCCAAGGCUCAGCCUCCGUCUCAGAAAGCAUGGACAAAUCCUUCCUCCGCAGAAACACCGUCAUGCAAAACCAAUGGGGCUCAGACUCCGAGCUCGCAACCGGCCUCUGCAUCCGUCUAGACCCAGACAUCUACACAAUCCCCGACACCCCAGACACAACUCGUCUCCCCAGACCAGCGCCCAUCACCCCACCAGCCGCACGAACCGGCGCCCUCGAUCCAGCAUGGUCGUUCACGACAACCCGUCGCUCGGACGACGACCACGCCUCGACAACAGACAGUCUCGAGCGCAAAGUCUCGCCGCACGAGUACCUGCGCACAAACCAGUCCCCGCGCCAAAGCGUGCCCUCAGACACGCCGCGCCGCGUGUCGUUCUCCGAUGUCGGCGGUUUGCUGACAAGAGCCCUGCCGGAGUCUGGGCCGGAGCAUGUGCGCGCCCAGACGUGCUUGUCCUCGCCCGUGGAGCCUGUGCAGCGCCGGCGAGGCGGCGGCAGCCGUGCCUUUUUAGAGGAUUUGGGGAUCUUCAGUCCGUCGCGUGCUAUCUUCGGGCAUCGCUCGCCGCUUCCUGGGCCGGCGGACCUGCCGUUUCCCGCCUCGGCUUUUGGGAAUCGGUCGGUUGCGAUGCCCGGUUCUUCGGAUUCCACGCUUGACACUGAUGUCGAGCUUCAUGAUGUUGGGGGGUUGUUAUCGCGAAAUGAUCGGUAA